AAAUCGCUUCUAACCCAACUUAAAAGAAAACAUUUAAAUUCAAACAGUACAUCUCGGUUAUGUGUGAGAAUUAUUUAAUUUCCAAUCACACUGAUGAAAUUGGAGUUAUUCUGGAAAGUCCGGAGGAAGACAAAUGCUUUUCCCUUUCCAUAAAUUUCAUAGAGCUUUACGAAUCGGACACUGAUCUGGGCAAUGCUGUAUUAACAGAGCCGGAAAACUCCCUGAAAAUCUGGGAUAAGGCAGCAAUCAAUGUCCAACUUAAGUUGCUGCAGUCGAGCCCCAAUUACAGCCUGAAAAACAAUGUCCAUUGCCGCAUAUUCAAUUUGCCCUCUUGGCCCCAUGUGUCUCGAGCCAUAUUUCCGGGGAAUAGGGAUGCUAAUAAGUUUUUACAACUAACAGGUAUAGUGUUGAGAAUCUCGCCAAGAAAACUGCUUGAAUAUCAAAGACAAUACUUUUGUGCCAAAUGCAAGUUCCCCAUUAUCGUUGAAGUCCUUUACGAUAAGAAGAAUAUUAUUAAAAAGCCUACAUAUUGCUCAAAUCCCGAUGGAUGCUCUAGUAAAAACAUUGUUAAUUUUGAGGAAAUUGAUGCUAGAAACUAUAAAGAUUACCAGGAAAUCAAGAUUCAAGAGGAUCUAUCUCAAAUGGGUGUAGGAACCAUGCCCAACCAUCUGCUGGUUACGCUGGAAGAUGACUUAGUUAAUGUUUGUAAGCCGGGUGAAAAUGUUACAAUUACGGGCAUAGUGAAGCGAAGAUGGUCCGAGUUUUGUAUCGGAGCCAAAAUCGAAAUUGAUAUAGUUUUACGAGCGAAUCAUGUUCAAGUGAAUAACUCCAGCACUUUUGCUGAAGUGUCUGAAGAUGUGCAGCAGUUUUUCAAUGCGUUCUGGAAAACCCAUCAAUCCAAUCCCUUGAUUGGAAGAAACAUAAUAUUAAAAUCCACUGCUCCAGAGAUCUAUGGAUUGCAUUUGGUGAAAUUGGCAGUAGCGAUAGUAUUAGCCGGAGGCAGCCAAAGCAGCGCUCCAGAUUCGACCACUGGAGUGGAGAUACGAUCCAAUCCACAUCUGCUUCUAAUCGGUGAUCCUGGAACAGGAAAAUCGCAAAUAUUGAAGUUUGUCUCCAAAAUAAUUCCUCGUACUGUUCUGACGACCGGAGUUGGGUCAACGUCUGCCGGCCUCACAGUGGCUGCGUUAAUGGAAAAUGGAGAAUGGCAGUUGGAGGCCGGCGCUUUGGUGAUGGCCGAUGGAGGGUUGUGCUGUAUAGAUGAGUUCAAUUCGAUGAAAGAGCAUGAUAGGCAUUGUAUUCACGAGGCGAUGGAACAGCAGACUAUCAGUGUUGCAAAGGCAGGAAUUGUGUGCAAACUGAACACCCGUUGUACAAUUCUGGCCGCUUGCAACCCCAAAGGGCGGAUGGAUCCUUUGCAGUCCUUGGACUUAAAUUCUGGCAUAUCCAGCCCGCUACUUAGCAGAUUUGACUUGAUAUUGCUGCUUCGUGAUAUCGCCAAUGAGGACAGCGAUCGCAAAUUAGCCGAGUAUAUAAUGGACAAAAGUUUUUUAUCCAGCAGGGAGUCCAAAUUGUGGACAGUGGAUAAAUUGCAGUCUUAUUACGCGCUGAUCAGGAAUUUGACCCCAAAAUUGUCCAAUGAUGCGGAAACCAUUUUGAGCACUUACUAUCAGCUUCUAAGGCAGUUUAGUUACAGAAACAAAUCUCGAACCACAGUGCGGCUGUUGGAAAGCUUAAUCAGAUUAUCACAAGGACACGCCAAACUGAUGUACCACCUCGAAGUUUAUGUGGUAGACGCGUUAUUUGCGGUGGUCCUGACGGACGCAGCCUCAGACUCUCAGGCCUCAUUUUUGGACUUAAACCUGGAUAACAACUCGUUUUCGGAUAAUCCCGACCAAUUAUACUGGGAAGUGUUGGAAACUGUUUUGGGGAAACUUAAUCUAUACCACAUCUAUGAGAAGGAAGCUCGGAAACGGCCACCAAAGGAAGAAACAAGCUCGGGCUCCGAGUCUAGAGCUUCAACGGAAGAUUUAUCUUCUGGCCAUGCACAGCAGCCUCGGAUGUUACUUAGCCCGGUUCGUUUAUCACAAGGCUUUUGCAGCCAGAGUUCAGAAGACCCGUCUACUUCGGGGAUCAGAAAACCGUUAGAAGAUGGAGAAAAGCGGCCUGGCCUUUUCGCUCAGGAAUACACCUGGCUGAAAAGUCCGACGAGUGAAUUGCCAGUGCAAAGUGAUUUUGACCGGAGAGUAUCAAGAAAAACCCCUGAAGAUAGCAAAGAUAGUGGAAAUUGCAGUCGCUUAUUCGGUGAAUGUUUUAAUUCAGAAACUUCUAUCAACAAAAGUUCACUUCAAGAGGAAAGGUGCAGCAUACGAAAAGCAGAAGUGGGAUUAGAUGGAUCAAAAAAUCAGCUUGAUUCCAGGGAUUCUGGAUUGUCUAAAAGUGUUCAAAGUGGCACAAAAGACACAGAUAAAACCCCGAGUUUAUAUGAAAUAGUUAAAAGCCAACGCGAUAUGGACUUUGAUCUAAAUAUUGAUUUCCUAUAUUCCAAUAAUGGGGAUGAGAGCGAACCAAAGAAAUCCCAAAAGCGAUGUUCAAAGCGUGUAAGUGAAACAGGCAGUAAAUGUAAAAAGUCCAACAAUAAAGAAGCUGAAAGGCCCUUAUUUGAACUGCUUCCAAGUGAUAACGACGAUUUUUCAAACAUUGUUGAACACAUUGACUGGGAUUUAGGGGAAGCACCGAUUAAACCCUGUAGCGACACAGAAACUUUCAAUAGCGGAGAAAUUAGCAAUAGCCAGUUGUCGCAACAGCUAGUUCCGUCCAGAUUGAUCGAAAAUGUCGCAACUACCUCGAAAUGUAGCCUUAGUAGUACAUCACAAAUUUGCACCAAGAACACUGUGAAGAACAAUGAAGUGUUUAACUUAGAUUUUGAUUUGGACGAUUUGGAUUGUCCUUUUGAAUCAGCCAAUCCAUUUGCAGGAACCAAGUUAAGAAAACUCACAGAUAGUAAAGAAGAUCAAUGUUCCUUUACUAAUUCUGAUCGUGGGUUUUCCAAAGCUGCCGAAGAAAACCCGCAGAGCGCCGGAAAGCCGAUUGUAAGGAAAAAGUUUAUUUUCAAGAAAACACGCAAUAUGGAUACAUAAUCUCUAGAUUAUUUUGAAUAAUUAAUGUAUUAAUAAGAACUAUUUUUUGAAUAGAAAUAUUUUUCUGUGU